CACAUUAUUUGCACAUAUUUAGUACAAUCAAUAAGCGAAAAUUGGUUUGCAUUUGUAAACCGGCGAAAUGGCAAAAUUGGAUGAACGUAUUGGCUUUAUUGGAGGCGGAAGCAUGGCAUUCGCCAUUGGUUCUGGCCUCAUCAGUGGUGGCAUUGUGAAGGCCAGCCAAGUUAUGGUCUCCGGGCCCCACAUUGAGAAUCUGUCCCGUUGGCGUGAUUUGGGCACUUCGAUCACUGAUGAAAACUACGAUGUCAUUGAACACACAGAUAUCAUUUUUAUUUGCGUCAAACCGCACGUGUUGGAGCCAUGUGCAGCUCAGCUCAAAUACAAACAUGUUCCGUCUGCCAAAGAUGCCAACAAACUGUUCGUCUCCGUGCUGGCCGGAACAACAUUGAAAACGCUCGAGGAGAGAUUCGCAUUUAUUGAGGGUUUGGGAUUGAAAAUGAUCCGAACAAUGCCGAAUACAUCGAUGCAAGUGGGCGAAGGUUGUACGGUAUACUCUGGCAACUCGCAUGUCUCACAUCAGGAUCUAGAAAAGGUGCAUCUAAUGCUGAACUCCUUAGGAUUGGCCCAACAAGUGCCCGAAUCGAUGAUUGAUGCAGUCACUGGCGUUACUGGCUGUGGUCCAGCUUUUGUAUAUACCAUCAUUGAGGCACUGGCCGAUGGUGGCGUAAAACAAGGCGUUCCCCGACAGAUGGCCAUUCAGUUUGCCGCCCAGACAUUGCUGGGAGCAUCCAAAACGGUGCUGUUGACCGGCAAGCAUCCGGCAGUACUACGUGAUGAGGUUUGCUCACCAGGCGGAUCAACAAUUGUCGGCGUACACGAGCUGGAAAAGGGCAACCUCAGAGCGACUCUUAUAAAUGCUGUGGAAAAGUCUUCGUUGCGUUCAGCGGAGCUGGGUAAAAAGUAAAGUGACAAUAUCGAUAAAGAUGCUCAUCGACAAUUGAAGUUAUAUCUAUAUAUCCAUGACAAACAGUUCCAUUAAAAUAUACCAUAUUCAAUGAUAA